AUGCUCCGUGUCUAUGAUGAAAGUCAGCCUAGUGUGUCACAUUCAAACAACAUCGGCCCAGGUGACGACACCCUCCGUGUGGGCCUCACCAGGCUCACGCUUAACAACGUCGGCCCAGGUAACGACUCCCUCAGUAUGGGCCUCGCCAGGCUCACGCUUGGCCUUAACCACGUCGGCCCAGGUGACGACUCCCUCUGUGUGGGCCUCGCCAGGCUCACGCUUGGCCUUAACCACGUCGGCCCAGGUGACGACUCCCUCUGUGUGGGCCUCGCCAGGCUCACGCUUGGCCUUAACCACGUCAGCCCAGGUGACGACUCCCUCUGUGUGGGCCUCACCAGGCUCACGCUUGACGACGUCGGCCCAAGUGACGACACCCUCUGUAUGGGCCUCGCCAGGCUCACGCUUUGCCACAGCAUCCGCAACUUUGGUGAUAGGCGAUGCGCUGACCAGGCUGGCAAAAAGGCCAAAGGCCACCAAAAUAAAUGA